GUCCAAGGUAGAAAGUAUAUAUUAACAAGCUUACUUUUGCAUUCAACGUUAUAUUGAGAUAUUCAAUAUUCAAAUUGCUAAUCUAAGGGAGGUAUAGGUUUUAUUAAUUUUAGCAUAUAUGUCAAUAAAACUCAAUUUUGGGGUUUUUGAAAUGUUUGUAUCACUGCCACAUGCUCUUUGUUGUGUCGAUAGUAUUAAUAUUUAAAAUAUAUAUCUUGUAUUUUGUAGCUUUAAAAUUUUUUUUAAAGACAACAGAUAAAAGAUAGCACAGUUGAAGCAGCAUUUCAAGCAUCUUAAUUUACAAUGGCUUCUCCUAAAGGAAAAAGCAGUCGACUGGGAGCAGUUUUGCAGCAACUUGAUCAAGCAUUGAGAGAAAAUAAAAUGCAGAUAAAAUCAGAGGAGGAUAACGAUGUUGGUCAAGUGAGGCAACUAACAACUAAGCUUCACCAACUUUUACAAAGUCAAGAAAAAUGUUGCAAAAGCUUCUUAUCUAAACACAAAGAUGGGAUUUCACUUCUUUUUGAGAUACUAAAGUUUACCUGCAUGUUUGAUCACCAGACAACUUAUUUGGUUACAGAUUCAUUGUGCCUUCUCAUUACUGUUGGUAAAGGACUUACAAUACUUUUUGAUGCUGGCAUCUUGCGUGUUGUAAUGGAAUCAUUUGUAAACGCAACAAAAAGUUAUUCGUCAUGGAUUCCAGAAUUUGAAGACAUGUGGAUAUCUUUCCACACUUUGUUAAUCAAAAUAGCAACUAAAGAAAAAAGGUUUGGAAGUGUUUUACGUCUGAGCGGAGCUUUAGAUGCAUCUUUAUCCAUUAUGAAAUCUGCACCAUUAAAUAGUAGAGUACUAUUACCCAUCAUUCAACUGAUGAAGACAGCAUCGAGUAGUGUUGCCAAUAGCAAUAUAAUGAUUAAAAGGGAUGUAAUCAAUAUAAUAUUGAAGUUGAUUCCAUCGUGUGGUCAGAGAAAGAUGCAACUGCUUAAAAACUGCUUGGAAUUGUUGCAUGCAUUGUGUAAAUCCAAAACAGGAGCAAAGAAAGCUGUCAACCAAACAGUUAUAUCUCUUAUGUUAUCCUUGUAUCAAGAAUGGCAUCGGUCUGAUCAUCGGAAUCGUCACAUUUCUAUUCGAAAGUCUAUAUUAAAUGUUAUAAAGGCUUGCACUUUGUAUACUUUCGGAAGAAAAUCAUUUUUAUCAAUAGAAGGAUAUAGAACAUUGUACUUUCUUUGUUUGGAAGGAAUUGACAAUAAACAACUUGAUAGUGUAAUACGUUUAAUUAUCAUGAUUCUAAGAAAGUGUACUAAAGAAAACAAGCUGCAGAUAAAAUCAUCAAAAAGUUGUUUUUCAUUCUCCUUCUCGACGAAAAGCAAUGAAAAUUGUCUCAACUGUAAGACUUCUGAAGAAUCUGAGUUUGAAGCUACUAGUUCAGACACCUAUACUGAUGAUGUGGUUUCAGAGUCUGAAGGAGAUGGCGAAGAUGAAGAAGACAAUUAUGAACAAGAGUCAUGCAAUGACAACAACAGGGUAUCAAACGAGAAUGCUAUACUAAGCGAUAACAUUACAAUCAAUGGCACUGAACCCAACAGAGAUUGUUCUGAGGAACAAAUCAAUAUUGUUAAUUUUGACUACUACAAGAAAUUCUUUCCAGAGCUUUCAUUAAGUCAGGUUGUCACGAAGGAACGUUCAAAUCCAUUGAUUCGCAUUCCUACAGCAGAACUGAUGGGUAAUAUAAAUGAAUCAACAAAUGACCUGGACUUUGAUGAUGCAAAUGAUUCGAAUAACAGCACUGAAGAGUGUUGUAUCCAGUUAAAGAUGUCUUCUAUCGAAUCUACAAACUUAUGCUGUGUUGAGUCACAUGAUGAUCAAUUAUCCAGUCACAUACUAGCUCAUAAGUUAUCCAAUCAUCAAUAUUGUUCUACUGUUGUUGAUUCCACAGCAUCAAACAAAGUAAAAAGUGUGUCACCAUUCGUGAAAGAAACUGCUGUUAGUAUCCAUGGCCAUCUUCCGCCUGUAGAACCAGAAGAAUUACUGCCCAAAACAACAAAUUUGUCAAGAGUAAUGAUGUUUCAAGAUUUUGCUCGUAUUGUAUUCCCAGACAAGGUUGUCAACAGAACCGUAUUCGAUUUGGACAUUCUAACACGAAACAAUUCCUCGUCAAAUGUUGAAAAUGUCUUGUUGAAAACUGCUAGUUCACCUAUGAAGAAAAGUAGAUCAGCUACAAAAUUAUCACCAGGAAAGAGAAACAGUACAGCAGGACUCUCAAGUUUAUCAAAAGAAGAAAUCCUCAAAGCAUCUCCGUUAAGUUUUGAAUCUCGUUUUGAAAGUGGAAACUUGAGGAAAGCAAUACAGAUACGGCAAUAUGAGUACGAUUUAAUUUUAAAUGCUGACGUCAACACAAAUCAUCACCAUCAGUGGUUCUUUUUCCAGGUGGAAAACAUGACAAACGACGUAGACUAUCGUUUCAAUAUCAUCAAUUGCGAGAAAGCUAACAGUCAAUUAAAUUUUGGCAUGCAACCAGUGAUAUACUCUGAACGAGAUGCUAAAGAUGGUAACCCUGGCUGGGAAAGGAUUGGUAGUAACGUUUGUUACUAUAGAAACUUCUUUGUUCGUGGUGGACAGAACUUCAAGUAUUACUUCACGGCUACGUUUACAAUAAAAUUUAGUUACGCGAAUGACACGUGCUAUAUCGCUUACCAUUAUCCGUACACGGCUACCAUGUUAAAUUUACAUCUGCAUCGCCUUGAAAAUACUCUUCUUCCCAUGAUAUUUUUUCGUAAAGAACUUUUAUGUCAAACUUUAUCCAAAAACGAUGUUUACCUUCUCACCGUAACUAGUCUGCCAUUUUCAAAGUUUGAGGAUGUUGCUAGGAGACCUUAUGUUUUGUUAACGGCCAGAGUUCAUCCGGGCGAAAGUAAUUCCAGUUGGAUAAUGAAAGGGGUGUUAGACUUUCUGCUUGGUAAUGAUGACUUAGCAAGACAGCUUCGCUUGAUGUUUAUCUUCAAGAUAGUUCCCAUGUUGAAUCCUGAUGGUGUCAUCAACGGAUGUCAUCGCUGUUCGUUGUCUGGUGAAGAUUUGAAUCGUCAGUGGAAACAUCCAGAUGAAAGACGUCAUCCAACGAUCUACCAUACAAAAUCUAUCCUACAAGUCAUGAAAGCUUUCAAUAAAACUCCUGUUGUCUUUGUGGACUUCCAUGGCCAUUCGCGCAAAAAGAACGUGUUUAUGUAUGGCUGCUCUUCUCCGCAGAUCGCAUCCUCUGACAGCCAUAUGUCUUUACACGGAGAAACAGAAGCUAAUCUAUCAUCUAGUACAUCUUUUGAGAGCUCUCCAAUGGAGAAGUUAAACAAGGAGUUAUUCUGGAACGACGACCCUGUCCAGCUUCUACCCCGAAUAAUGAGCUCAACAUGUCCCUGUUUCGCUCUCCAAAACUGCAACUUCACCGUAGAGAAAUCUAAAGAAGCUACGGCUCGUGUUGUUGGCUUUAGAGAGUUUGGAAUCACAAAUUGCUAUACGAUGGAGAGCACAUAUUGUGGUAUGGAUCAAGGUCCAUAUAAGGGAAAUCAGAUUGGUAUUCGAGAAUUGGAAGAAACAGGUCGUUUCUUUUGUCUUAGUUUAUUGAGAUUAAGCUUGUCUACCAACAUACAGUUAAGUGAUGAAGCUAAUCUCGGUUUGUUAUGAAAAAAGCACUAUACUUCGCCAUGUAAGUUAGGUUGCUUUGCAGAAAAGGCAUUAGAUCUGGGUUUUUUUAAAAAGUUACGUGGUUAGCAAAAUAUUUGCGAAAAUUUUGGUAAACAGACUUGCACAUGAUGCAACCUUUUUAUAUUUCGGGAUAAUUUUAGUUAAAAUAAGUGAUGAGAAUGAAGAUAUACUUUGGUAGAAUCAAAAUAGAUCGGUAUUUUUACAAAUUCAUCCCCAAAAAGAUCGCACUUAUGCGUACACCUAUUAUUAUUUUAAGAGGUGUUUUAUAUAUAGUUUAAAACCAUAAGAAAAUCCAGUUUGUUGUGGAGUAGUUUUUGAAUUUGCAAAGUUUGUAAUGAUGGACGGUUUUUUUAUUGAAUAUAACAAAUUUAUUCCAACAAGUGAUGCGUACUUUACAGAAUAGGAACAGGCUUUAAAAUUGACGAGUUACGAAAGGUUGCAAAGCUUACGUAUCACAAUUGCGAUCUAGCAUUCGGUUCCCACCCCUAGCGCUCUGUGUAUUUGAGGCAAGCUAUCUUCAUAUCUAAAAUUGUUUACGAGUUGUCCGUAGCAAAAGCUAUGGAACAGGAUGUCACGCAUAUCCAAAAUAAUCAUUUAUGUCGUAUAAUUCUUUUAUAUUAUAACACGCAUAUCUUAUUGUUCAUUUCAGUUUUCAAGGACUAAAUCGAUUUUGUAAUCUACUUUCUACAAAUAAAUGAGUGAAAUUUAUAACCACUUAGAAAUUAAUAAUGGUUUGUGACGGUUGACAAUGUUAGAUCGUACUGCUACUCAUAAAAUAGCAGGUACAAUGCGACCGCUUCGUAGACAUUCAUAAUUUUUCAAUUUUACUUUCUAAAAUCUUCGUAAGAUGUAACAUUUGGUCCAAAAACCGCUCUGCACAUCCUUAUCGAGGUUACACGUUAACCCUUUUAAAUCUUUACUUGAAGUAGUUGCUGCUUUUGUUGAGUUCCUUGUAAACACUGAAGUUUCUACCCUGAUAAAGAAAGCAUUUUUAGCCAUCCUGGAAUAGCGCAUGAUAUAUCCCUUUUUUGGACUAAUGUAGGGUAUGAGUAGUUUUCAAUUCAGAAGAGGAUUCUUUCUUGUACUUGUUCGACUAAGAUGUGCUUUCCCGCUGGAAGGUUUAACAAUCAGGUGAAAUAUGUCAAUUAGUCACAUCAGUAAAAAAAUUAUAACAUGGAUAGACUAUACAGAUGUGUUAAAAAAAUUACAUGGUUUGUAAUCAUUUCCCUUCAACUUUUCCUGUUGAUAAUAACUUUCACUUAAUUUUUUUAUUUUUUAUAUUUUCGGCGUGUUUGCGAACAGUGGUGUGGCACAAAAAAAUCUAUUUCCAGUGACUAGUGGUCUCUUACGACUGUUGUUAGCGUCUUUGUUUAUGUCGGCUUUGUCAAAUGUGAAUUCUGAAAAUUUUAUUGGUUCUAUACGUUUUUUAAAUCAAGUGUUCUAUAAUCAGCAUUAAGGCAGCGACAUAACAUUUAACAAAAAAACAAAGUCUCUCAACUUUCGCUUUCACUUUCACUUUUUUCACGUAGUUCUCUUUAAACAACUGGUAGCCCAGGAUCUUAUGUUUCUCUGCACCCCUGGAUUUAUUAUCGAAACUUUUUCCAAGCACAAGAUACUUAUAAAUUCUCUCAUGUGAUAUAGGGGGGAGAUGUGACAGUGCUCCAGUCUUGACAGUAUUUGUAAUAUCUUCUUCAAAUGUUUUAUCUUCACCUGAAGCUUUAGAAAAGCUAGGAUCCAAGUUUGUUUUAUGAAAAGAUCAAUACUUGAAUUUAUAUCGAUUAAAUUAGACAUAUCUGCUGCGUACUCUACCCUUUUCCCCUCUUAACUGGCUCGAAAUACAAUGUUUGCAUAUGGAUAAUAGCUCGCCAUUAUUGAGGUAAUUGCGAAAAUGUUAAAAAUGGCGCACAAAUGUGAAAAUAGCUUACAAGGAUUUUUUUACCGUCAUAAUAAUUAGCUGCCGCUUAAUGAAGCCAACUUGGAAAAGUAAUAAGCUCUGAGGAAAUACUUCUUGAAUACAACUACCACGAUGCAUUGCGGUUUUCGCGAAUAGACGGAACGGGGAAUUAGUAAUCCACAACGAAUUUUGAGUAUAAUUUUCCUAUCAGUUUUGUCAGAUUUGAAAGGGUUGUUUAAGUUUCAAUAUUCCUAUUGCAUUUAAUUUUUUUCUCGUUAAAUGUAGUUGGUUUGAAUUUGAUUAACAGACCCAAAAACUCUGACAUGGUUUAGAAGGUGUUUGGAGUAGUUUCUAUUUUGGUAGGAGUUUCUAGAAAAAGAAUUUCGUAUCCCUGAACAUAUCGCAGGAUUUGUGGAUCGCUUAUUAAUUUUUCCCAAUUUUUCUCGAAAUACUGUAUUGUGCCUGCAGGUGUUAGGUCUAGUCUAUGCUCUUAAAGCAGCGCCUUUAUUAUUGGAUGUACCCCGUGAAAUUGAUUGACUGAUUAAACGAUUUGCGAAGAUGUUGGGUGCUGUUGGUGUCUCGCCUUAGCUUAGUAAGUAUGGAUUUGGAUUUCUGUUUUGCAGUUGGGGUUUUUAACAUCUGUUCCUUAAAUUUUUCACCAAAAACGUUGCCUUGGGAGAACGAAAAUAAUUUUUUUCGUCCCUUCUGGUAUUUGUCACUAGUGUGCUCAACACAUUGUUAAGUAAGCUCUUUUGUCUAUAUCUAUUUUAGUUCAUAACUUGGUUAGUGGACCGUAUUUACCGUGGAUCUUGUCUUUUAAGGAUUUAAGAAUUCUCUCCUGAUACAGUACAGUAGUUUUGUGGUUUUCCAUAAACAGUUCUUUGUUGCUUUCAUCCAGGACUUGUGGACCCUGGAUAUGUAUUAGAACUGUGUUGCCAUCCAUAAUUUUCCUUGAUCUCCUAAGGAAUAUGUUUUAAGAAGUAUCGAUUGACAUACUCAGUCAUGUCCUUAGACAAUUCGCUUGCCUUACUCACCACUUUCAUGAACGAAUCGACCGCGUUUUGUCGAAAUGAAUUGCAAUGACUUAUUUCUAGAUCUCUUUGAAAGCCACUGGACCAUCCUAAUUAACACCGUGCACCAGGGAUGUGUCAGGAGUUGUCAACAAGAGUUUUUUACUAUACAUACUAUUCAAAGGACAGUUCCAAUGUUUUUAAGACCACCAAAAUUAGGUUUGACUUAAUUAUAAACUCUUCUAAGCUCUCUUAUUUUUUUUACAGUGAGAAUAGGUUCAAUUUUUAUCAGACUUUGAUAAAUACGUCCCUUUCAACAGAAGCCACUCAUUCGCAGCCGGCCAUGUGACACAUGUACACCCUUCCUUAUUCACGCGAGUAAUCUCAGUUUUCUUUAUCGGGAACGUGCCCGCAUUGCUAGAUAAUUUUGAAAUGUCUCUCAUUAAAGCCCGUUAGUAUUCUGAGGUCGUCCCCCUUUUUACCAUUUGGUUAUGUCAGAUGUGUUUGUUGUUAGAGGUUUUUUUGCAUGCCUGUGCACAUUGGAAAGCUUUUUAACAGCUUCUUUCCUUUAGUAUUCUUCUGGAACAAGAUGCUUAUUUGUAAAGACGCUGCAAUAGUAUUUUUUGUUUUUAAUCCUUUAGCUUAUCAAAAUAAGAAUUAUAGAUGUAUACCUACAUUCGUACUGACCCUAAUACAGCUUUGUUACUAAUGUGUGCGUGUUGUGUUGUCACUGGCUAGCUACAACACCAUGGGUUAAAACUUUAUCCUUCUUGUUCAUCCAACCAAACAUGAGGUAUUUUAAAAGGAGCUGGUAGUGUUCUACCAUUUAUAUUCAGUUUCUCUUGGUACUCCUUUUUUUAAAUUGCUUUCUACUUCUAGAACAAUUUUCACCGGUUGGACGAAAUUCUCAGCUACUAAAAAAACUGAGCUAAUUGUUUUCUUCUUUCUUCCGCUGAUCCUUAAAUUUCUAAAUAUCAGAAGAAGAGUCCUGGGACGAAGUUGGUUAAAUAGGUGUAUCAGUUGAGUUUUCUGCCCCGUUCCCUUGUCUCAUCCUAUUGCAUUAAAACUAGGGGUGACAUCAACAUUUGUACCCAAUGAUUCAUCAAUGGAUUGCACGGGUUCUGGUUCAAUUUUGGAACAAUUUUCCUGAAUGGCCUCAAGGACUGGCCUGAUUUUGAAGAGUUUGUCGUUUUUAUUUUCAGGUUGUUCUUUUGUUGUGUUGUCGACAACAUGUAAAUACCUGCGAAGAUCAAUGUAACGUUUUGCCGACAUUACAUCUGCUACUUUCUCAUAUCUGGUCUCCGUCUUCCAAUACAUCUGAUAGGUUGGAAGCUUGACAAUCCCCAUCAAAAUAUGGAUCCCUAAGAAUCGUUCAAUCUCCUCCUGGGUGGCUUUUAUUGAACUUCCUUGGUUUUGCACGUUGUAGAGGUUUGUCUGUUCUACUAGUAAAUUUGUUAUAUUUUCUGUCCAAAAAAUUCUGAAAAAGUCUAUUGGAUUCAUUUCGUCAAAGUUUUCAGGUGGUCUGCUGAAAGCAUCACCUUUGAAAGUAGUAUCAAUUUCGGGUGGUGCACCGGCUCUCCAUCGCCAUGUGUGGUUUUCUUUAUUAGAAUUUGAUUUUGUCUUUUUGGUUGAUGGAUUGCUUAAUUCUGAUUCUGAAGUAUCCGAGUCACUUUGUAAUGACACUGAUCCUGGUUCAUUUUCUGCUGUUUCGGAAUCGAAUGAAAUACUUGCUGUGUCAAUAUAGUUUGGUUGUACGGUUGUUUUUUGGCGCUUACUGCGACGUAAUUGAUGUGGAUCACCAACAUUUUCCUCAUCACUAAAAAUAUCUUCAACUGUUUUUGAUACUUCGGAAUUUAAUUUCUUCUUCGAUCCUCUAGAUGUAGAUUGAGAUGAUUCUUGAGUAUUCUGGGGUGCUACUGAAUCUUUCGAUUGGUCACUUUGAUACUCUGCUUCGUCUUUAGAUAGGUCAGUUAAUUCAUGAACUCUAGGUGUUAGGACUAGGUUUUCAUCAGUCUCAGUGUCAUCUUCAUCCUCAAGCUCUGAAAGCUCAGAAUCAGAGCCAGGAGCAAGAAUAAAUUGUACUGCUUCCUCUGUAUUGUAACGAAUAUUCUUGACGGCUUGCUUCUCAAAUUUUUUACUCAUUUUUCAUUUGGCUAAAAAAAAAGAAUUGUAUAAUUGACAUAAAAUACCAACAAUUUAAGACCUAUAAUAAGUACUAUUAUGAAUGAAGACCAUUUAUUUUGUGUAAAUGCCUUCAUCUUGCGGUAAAGUCAGUCAAAUAUGAUGUCGAAACGUCUGACCUGAAAAGGAAAGGAUAGGCAAGGCCACGAAAAAAGAGCACAUUGACGUUUUCGAAAAACUGUGAUUUUGCCCAAAGUAGGGGUAGGCAAGCAGAUUCAAAGUUGUCAUUAUAUGUCAUAUUUAAAGCCAAAAGUAUCAAAAUGAUGUAUUUUCUACAGUAAACAAGUAUUCAAGAUACAAGAGUACAAUUGAUCAAAAAUAUCAAAAAUUAUGACUUGAUUUUGGCAAAGUUGCCAUAGGGCAACAAAUAGUUUUGAAAAUUCAUACAGUACUCAAAUGUUUCGUUCUGAACUUCAAACUUUUAAAACAGUUCUAUCAACUUAAGAAGAACGUAAAUCAAUUAAAAAAGCUUAGGUAAACCCCCUUUUCACCUGCCAUAUAAUAAAAACAAAACCAGUGUUAAAACGUGGCUUGCCGGAUGUCUCACUACAACAUCCGCCAUCUUUAUUUUGAUUUUUCAAAAUUGAAAUUUUCGGACAUUACGGACGCAGUUACCAACAAAGAUUACGGAAAAAAAGAACAAAUCCGGUAAAAAGUCCCGGAACUGUCUAGAACCGAGCGGGAAUAUUUUGUUACCAGAAGGCAACCCAACCACGUAAAGGGUUAAGAAUGUUUUAAUAGUAUUUAUUGUUAAAUUUAUAUUACGGUGUAAAAAUGACUUUAAAUUUUGUAAAUUAUUUUUAGAUAUAAUAUAUACAGUGACUGUCAACAA